GGGUGGUGUAGAGAGUGAGAUAUUUACCGGGUGCAGAGCGGCGGGCCAGUGUGCUCGACUCGCUCUUUCCGUCAAGAUGGCUGCCCCGAUCAGCAAGAAGAAAAAGUUCGUUAAGGAUGGUGUGUUCAAGGCAGAACUUAAUAGAUUCCUCACCAAUGAGUUGGCAGAAGAUGGCUACUCUGGUGUGCAGGUUCGCCACACCCCUGCAAGAACCGAGAUUAUCAUCCUUGCUACCCGCACUCAGAAUGUGUUAGGUGAGAAGGGGCGACGUAUCAGGGAGUUGACUUCAUUGGUACAGAAGCGUUUUGGAUUUGCUGAGGGAUCUGUUGAGCUAUAUGCAGAAAAGGUGGCACAGCGUGGUCUGUGCGCCAUUGCUCAGGCUGAAUCCCUUAGAUACAAACUUGUCGGAGGUCUUGCAGUCAGGAGAGCAUGUUAUGGUGUGCUCCGGUUCAUCAUGGAGUCUGGUGCAAAGGGUUGUGAAGUUGUGGUGUCUGGUAAGCUACGAGGACAGCGAGCCAAGAGCAUGAAAUUCACAGAUGGUCUCAUGAUUCAUUCUGGUGAACCUCGACGCCACUAUGUUGACACUGCAGUUCGUCAUGUCCAUUUGCGCCAAGGUGUGCUGGGUAUUAAGGUGAAGAUUAUGUUGCCAUGGGACCCAACUGGCAAGAAUGGACCACGUACUCCACUUCCUGAUCACAUCAACAUCGUGGAACCUAAGGAAGAGCUGAUGCCAGCUGAACCACAUUCAGAGAACAAGAUGGAGAAGCCUGCAGCUGCUGCUGUUCCUGCCCCUGCACAACCAGCACCUGUUCCUACUGAAUAAAUAAAAAACCUGGACGUUAUGGAAAAAAAAAUCAAA